UUUUAAUUGUCACCUAAAUCCAUAUAAGAAAAAUGGAAAAUGAAAAAGAAUAUUUUGGAGACGAUUUAACAAAAGGAGAUGUUGAACUCGAAGACAUAGUCAUAGAAUUCUCUCCAAAACCUUCAUUCGCUAAAGAUGCAGAGUACAUUGCAUUGCGUGAAACAUCCAACGAUGAAGAACAAAUCCCUGAACCAGAAAUCCACGAAGAAGAACUACUAAUUGCGGAAAUUGAACCUACAAAUUUAGAAGAAGAAAUAGUGCCGUACGAAAAGCCGCCAUUGCAGGAUGAAGCUGAAAUUUCCCAUACUUUUUUCGAUGAUAAGCCGAUUGAAGUUGACGAGAAACAGAAAGUUGUUGAGAGCAUUGAAGGAAUGACGGAAACUGCUGAAGAAGCAACAGAGGAAAUAAUUGAGGAAGAAGCGACAGAAAUUGCUAGAGAAUCAAGAGUGGAAUUUGAGGAUGAAGGGAAGGAAAUUGCUGAAGAAGCAACAGGGGAAGUUGAGCAAGAAAGAGAAGGCUAUUGGCGUCCAAGAACUUCAAUGAGAGACGUAGGUCCUUUAUUAAGCGCAAGAGCUUCAAUGAGAAUAAGCAUGAGUAUGGAAUCAGAGAGUUCAAGAAAACCAAGCACCGCAACAUCAAGAAGAUUCACCAUAAACUAUCCGGAAAAAGCAAGAAUCAAAUGGGAAGCCGAAGUCGAUGAUUUGAUGAUGGGCUUUGACGAAAUCAGGGCACCAGAGCUGAAGCUGGAUGAAAUUGUCGAAGAAGAAGAGCACAUUGAGGAAGAACACGAGGAGCAAGAGCCAGUUCUAGAUAGGGCUCCGUAUUACGAAAGACACGCUAAAGCCUUAGAGGAAAUUACCGAAAUAAAAAUAAGAAGCUUUAUUUUACAAAAGAAGCUGGCCAUUUACUUCAAACGCAAGCAAAUUGAUCAAACCACAAGAGAAUCCGAUUGGUCGUUGAAUCAGCAGAUGAAGUACAAUUGGAAACUGGAAACUUGGAAGGAGUUUUUGGUUUAUGACGAACGAGAGAGAAGCAACGAGAAACGAGAGUUACAAAUCAGUAGGCAAAAGAGAGAGGAAAAAUAUAAUGAAUUGCAAAAUUUGUUCAAGCACAUGCAAACUAGGGAACGUGAAAUUGGUGAUGGGUUGAUUCAUACGAAAAGUGGAAAUGUUAUUGCAGUUAAGUUGGUAGAUCGUUUGAUUCAUCGUCAACAAAACACAAUGAAAGAAGUCAGCUCGAUGCGCCUCCGGUGCAUAAAACUCAAAAAUAUCCUGCACGAAAAACAAACAAUCUUGACCAGUUUAAACGAAGUAUCUCCCGGUUUCUUGUUGGCCAAUUACGAGCAAUUGAAAGUAAUCAAUCAAACUUACGCCGACAAAAUCGAAGAGAAUGACGAAGAAUUGCUUAGGCAGAGAAACAAAUGCGCCAAUACCAUUCAAAUUUUGGCUCACAUAAGAGAAAAAUCGACAGCUUUGGAUGACGACGUGAAUGAUUUGCACCAAGAAUUGACGGAUACCGAAGAUAAAUUUGCUGGAAUCCGUUUCCAGUUGAACGAUUACAAACAGAGACGCGAUGCUUGUCGUCAUCGUAUUGCAAAAAUUAGAAAUGAGUCUGGGCUUUUGACUAAGCCAACUUUGUUGAGGGAUAUGAAAGAGGAAUUGGAUAAUGUUGAGCUACUAACACAAAAAUUACAAACCUGCAAACAAACCAACGUCAAGCUGGUGAAACGUAUCAAAACAAUCCGAUUGAAAAUCGAGCAAGUUAAAGAGAUGAAAAAGGUAUCAUCGAAAAGACUGAUAAAAAAAGAGAGCUCUAUUCCUGGGGCCUCAGACACGAAACCGAUGCUUUAUAGAGGAAGACCUUCGCUGUUGAUGCCAUUUAUCGACUCUAGAGCUUUCGAUUGCUUGAAGUCCAUCAAACCCCAAUUGACUUACGAUAGAAGAUUGCACAAUAUCAAGUGCAGCAAGACAAAAUAGUGACAAAUAAUAUUAUUUUUAUAUAAGUUUUAUUUUAUUUUUUAAGUAUAUGGACUUUUAAGUCAGUCAGUAAAGAAAAACGUGUCGUUAUUUGAUAA